AUGCCCAAUGGGAUAAACAGGAGCCUAUUUGUACUCACCAAGAAACGACGACCAAAGCUGUCAACUCGGAUUCAGGAGAGGAACAAGAAGAAGUGCGACGAGAAACGGCCGACCUGCUCGCGUUGCUCAGAGCAAGGUGUUGAGUGUGUGUACGGGACUGUGAAACCAAGACAGCGAAAACGACGUGAAUCUGCACCGCACGCGGCAGCGGGUACAUCUUCCGAACACUACUCGGGAGCUCGACGACUAUCUGAACUCAGCUAUUACAGUCACAACUCUAGUUAUCUCGGUUGGGGUGUCGAGAACCGUGGUCAAGACUUGACGCGUUACGGGGAGCCGCCAGCUGUUAUCUUCAACACUCAUUUCUCCCUCGGCGAGUACCCUCCCAUCGACAUCUUGGACGACUACCCCAACGAGGCCCCGCAAGAAUCGCCAAACGGAGGAAGCCCGGAGGCCGAUGCCCCCGCUGACGAUGAAGGGGCCUCACCUGCCGCCGGGCCGAUAUCACCACGAGCUGCAUCGAAGGCGCCUCCUGACUUGGCCAUGAUUGCGCCAUGUUCUGUAGCGUCGCCGCUUCAAGAGUUUCACGCCCCCGCCUUUACCGAGUUCACCGAGCGUCCGAACCGCAGGGCGCUGAUCGAUCACUUUUGCAACGUCUUGUCACAUCUCAUCGUCUUUCGCGAGGAGACGGGCAAUCCGUUUCAGCAAUUGAUACUCCCGCUCACACGCAAGAGCCCACCGGUGCUCAACUCGAUCCUUGCGCUUUCGUGCGCCCACCUCGAGUAUCGCGGGAUUGAGAACUCGGAAAAGUCUCUUUACUUUCACAACCAGGCCAUACAGGGCGUGGCGCAGAUGAUUGCGCAAAAGGAAAAGGCCAACCGGACGGACAUUCUGGCGGCCAUAAUGCUGCUUGUGUAUUAUGAAUGCCUCGUCCAAAAAGGCCGCUCCAACAUCGUAGCCGGCCACCUAAAGGGCGCCCUGACAAUAAUGUGCAGCACCGACGACCUGCUCGACCCGGCAGGCGUCUUUCUCGAGAGAGCCUUUCGGUUCUACGACGUGAUCACUGCUUUAUCAAACAACACCUCCCCGAUCAGCACCACCCCCUCCCCGGGCGGCCUGCUCCCCUUCUCCCCCAUCGGCGCGACGCCCACCUCCCCGCUGAGCAACAUUGACACUCUACUGGGCAUGUCAACCACCCUCUGGCCCAUCAUCCACCGACUCUCGGGCCUCUCCUCCCUCAAAUCCUCCCUCAACCACGCCAUCUCGUCCGACUCCUCCCCGACAAAGAUUGCCGUCUUGAGAACAGAAUUCAGCUCCACGGCACAGGCGAUCGAGGCAGCGUUGAACAACUGGCAGCCGCAGCUGCCUGCUGACUUUACGCCUCCGGAGGGGAAUGAUGAUCCUGAAGCGGACCCGGUGCCUGUUGUGGCUAUCAGGGGAAAGUCGAGUAAUAUCCCGAGCAUAUACCACAACUCGCUUGCGUACCGGCAUGCUUCUUUGCUUUAUUUGUAUCGGACCAUUCUCGGGUAUGGGAGGGGCCAUGGGCUUGUGAGGAGGCACACGAGGUUGACGCUGAAGAAUUGUGUGGCCACUGUUGGGCAUAGGGGGCCGAUGUCGGCUUUGCUUUGGCCGUUGUUUGUGGCUGCUUGUGAGGCGGGGGAGGGGAGGGAUAGGGAGUUGGCGAGGGAGGCGUUCGAGAAGGUGGAACGAAGGCAGGGGAUGAGGAAUAUUGGAAGGGCGUGGGAGGUUGUGGGUGAGGUUUGGAGACGGGUGGAUGAGGAGGAGAAGGGGAAGGAGAAGGAGAAGGAGGAAGGGGGGAAGGCAAAGGGGAAGGAGGAGGAGAGGGAGGAGCUGUGGAGGACUGUUUGUAGGGAGAUGGAGGUUAGUUUGGUUUUCGGGUGA